AUGGAGCCAAUCAUGUUAGUUGUGAUGAUAAUAGUGGCAGUGGUUUUAGUGCUUUCAGCCAUAGUGUUACUACAGUCAUGGCUUUCCCCGGAGGCAAUGGAUGGCCUUCCGGGCACCCUGGGCUGGCCAGUCGUGGGAGAAAGCUUCUCCUUCAUAUCAGCGUUUUCAAGUCCGGCCGGCGUAUAUAGCUUCAUCAAACGAAGACAGAAACUGUAUGGGAAGGUGUUCAAGAGUUAUGUUCUGGGGAGAUUCACAGUGUUCAUGACUGGGAGAGAAGCAGGCAAGAUUCUUCUAACAGGGAAAGAUGGGAUAGUGAGUCUGAACCUUUUCUACACAGGGCAGCAAGUUCUUGGACCAACAAGCCUUCUCCAACAAACUGGCGAAGCGCAUAAGCGGCUGCGAAGGCUCAUUGCUGACCCACUCUCAGUUGAUGGCUUAAAGAAGUACUUUCAGUUCAUCAAUGGCUUGGCCAUUCACACUCUGGAUAACUGGGCUGGAAGAGAAGUCCUUGUUCUUGAAGAGGCUUCCACAUUCACACUCAAAGUUAUAGGCAACAUGAUAAUGAGCUUGGAGCCAAGUGGGCAGGAGCAAGAGAAGUUCAGGGCAAACUUCAAGCUAAUAUCAUCCUCAUUUGCAUCCUUGCCAUUUAAACUCCCUGGAACAGCCUUUUAUCGCGGCAUUAAGGCACGCGAUAGGAUGUAUGCAAUGUUGGAUUCAGUAAUAGCGGAGCGAAGGAGCGGGGAGAGCAUCCACCAAGAUUUCUUGGAAUCACUGAUAAGGAAGAAGGGGAAAGAAUGCUCAGAAGAUAAACUGAGUGAUGCACAGUUGAAAGAUAACAUACUAACGCUUCUAGUUGCAGGGCAUGAUACUACAACUGCUGGCCUCACAUGGCUCAUCAAGUUCCUGGGAGAGAACCCUGCAGUAUUGGAAUGCCUAAGGAAAGAACAUUUGGAUAUCAUAGCUAAAAGAGAUGGCACAUCAACUUUAACCUGGGCUGAAGUUAACAACAUGCCAUAUACCCUCAAGGUUAUCAGUGAAACUCUUAGAAUGGCCACAAUACUACCCUGGUUUUCAAGAAAAGCAGCACAAGAUUUCGAGAUCGAUGGGUGCAAAAUCAAGAAAGGGUGGUCUAUAAACUUGGAUGUAGUGUCAAUCCAUCACGACCCGGAGAUAUUUCCUGAGCCUGAAAAGUUCAAUCCAUCUAGAUUUGAUGAGAAUCUGAAGCCAUUCAGCUUCCUUGGAUUCGGGAGUGGACCGCGGAUGUGCCCUGGAAUCAACCUGGCUAAGCUGGAAAUCUGUGUCUUCAUUCAUCAUCUUGUUUGCAGAUACAGAUGGAGGCCCCUGGAGAGGGAUGAUUCUGUGCAGCCAACACUAGUGAGAAUGCCCAAGAACAAGUACCCUGUCAUGGUUGAGUCAUUAUAAGUUAAACAAAUUCUGCAUACAAAAUCACAAGGCACUGUUAGUUGGAUCAUAGAAUGGCCAAUAAGAAGCUAGGAAGAGAGAUAGAUACAAUGCAAAAUAAAUAUUGGAAGAAUGAGUUAAAGCUUUACUGUAA